UAGAUCACUGAGAGAAUCAGCUGUCGGCAUUUUCCCUAAGCCUGAAACAGACCCAGACAUAGCUGGAGCAGGUCUCCUUCCACCUACCAUUAGUACUGAGAAUUCAAAUCUAUCAACUGGAAUUCUAUGUUUAAACAGCCAAAGAAGACUGAAAAGUGAAGAAAAAGAUUUUGGUGAGGAGAGAUUGUUGUAUCUGAGGACACCAAAGAGAAAUAACCAGCCACUAUUGGAACAAGAGGUCAUCCCUGUGGGAGAAAGAACGUUACUUCUUGAUAAUACUUGACAAGCAGUAAAAAGGUCUCAGCAGAUAGAGAUGGCUCGGAACAUGGAUAAGAUCCGAUCAUCGGAAGUGAGCCAGACCACGGAGGAUGAAUUUUUACCACCACCACCUCCUGAUCUGCUUGAAGCUUCCACCAAGCCAGAUGUAACAAUGAAAGAGCAGACUCAAAAAAUCUUACCCCCUCCACGUCAGACCUUUGUCAAGUUCCAUCAGCAACGGCAAAUUAAUGAAUUGAAGAGGCUGUAUAAGCACAUGCACCCAGAGCUAAGGAAAAAUUUGCAGGAGGUGGUCACUGAGGAUUGGGCAGAAGUGCUGAAUGCUGAACGCGUGGCUGCAGACUUAACAACUGGUGUCCACGGCAACAGUGAUGCAGCACUUCAAACCGAGGUCCAGUCCAUGCGCUGGAUAUUUGAUAACUGGCCACUGGACACAAUUGGAGAUCACCAAGCUACUAAGAAGAUGAAGGAAGAGGAGGCCAUCCUCAGUGGAGAUGUGAAGAGCACAUCAUGGAAGUUUGAAAACCAAACAAUAGAUGCCAUCAGUUCCCAGCACUCUGAAUUUUCUGCAAAUUCCAGUGUUGCAAAAGAGCAAACAAAGGGUGAUGUCCGCACAGCUUUGUGGCUGUUUGAAACUCAGCCAAUGGAUUCCCUGAAUAAAAUGUACUCCAAAGACAAUGAUCUACAAGAAGCAGUUCUGAAGGAACCAUUACAAAAAGGAGAUGUCAGAGGUACCAAGCUAUUAUUUGAAACUCAUCCGUUGAGUGACUUGGGACGAAGCAACUCAAUGGAAGAAAGCAGCUUAUUGCAACUGCGUUCAGAAGUACAAGAGGUGAAAGGGGAUGUGAACAGAACCGUGAAGCUUUUUGAAACAGAGCCACUGUGUGCCAUUCGUGAUACUGCCGGCAAUAUUCACCAGAUCAAAUCUAUCUGCAGAGAAGAAAUCCAACAGAGUGGUAAUGUGCAAAGCACUCGGUGGCUAUUUGAAACACAGCCCCUCAGUAGCAUUAACAGAGAUUUCUCAAGGAUGAAAAUUAUUCGAGGCAUCUCCCUGGAAGGGACACAACAGGGGGGAAGUGUUGGCAAAAAGCGAUGGCUCUUUGAAACACAGGCCUUGGACACCAUCAAAGAGCAGACUGAGGAGUCAGACAGUAACAUCGACGUCAGGGUGAUAGAAGGAGGAGAUGUAAAUCAGAAAUGCUGGCUUUUUGAAACUCAACCUCUUGACUCAUUAAAAGAAAGUUCACCUGAAGAGCUAUCUAAGGAACCAGUAAUUGGAGGUAAUGUGAACUCUACUCUUUGGUUGUUUGAGACUCAGCCAAUGGAAGUCCUGAAAGACAGCUUUGAAGUUAGCCAAUUGAAAAGAGUUAUUACAGAAGAAGAAAAGGGAGAUGUGAAGCAUAAGGCUCAUGUGUUUGAAAGCUGUUCUAUAGACAGCAUCAACAAAGAACAAUGUGACACUUCCAAAAGCAGUGAAGAUACAUUGGAGAUACAGAAGGGAGAUGUCAAAGCUUACAAGUGUCUUUUUGAAACACUUCCCCUUGAUUGUAUUAAAAAUUCUGAAGAAAUAUUAGUGGGGAAUCAUGUAGAAGUCUUGGGUGGAAAUGUAAAUGAGAACAGAGUUCUCUUUGAAACUGUCCCCCUUUAUGCUAUCAUGGAUGGUGCAGGCCACUGUCAUCAAGUCAAGACAGUAAGCCGAGAGCAAGUCAUUAGUGGAGAUGUCAAACACUAUAAGUGGAUGUUUGAAACCCGCCGCCUGGAUCAGUUUGAUGAAAGUACACAAAAUGUGGAAUUGGUUAAAGGCAUCACCAAAGAGGAGAUCCGAUCCAACAACAUGGAGACAACAAGGUGGCUAUUUGAAACACAGCCGCUUGAUGUAAUCCACGCUAAUGUCAACAAAACAGAAAAUCAGGGCUCUGAAAGGGAAGAUUUAGUGAAAGGUGAUGUGAGGACAUGUAGGUGGCUGUUUGAAACACAGCCAAUGGAUGCUUUGUAUGAAAAAGCUGAAGUUAAGCAAGACUGUGAAAUGCAACCGAAAGGUGAUGUCAAAUCAUACACCUGGCUCUUUGAAACACAAGCACUGGACAGCAUCAAUGAGAAUGAAGAGCAACACCUGAAAGUCCACACCAUGCAAAUGGAUGAUGUUAAAGGGGUUGAUGUGAAGACUAAAAGAUAUCUGUUUGAAACAGAACAAUGUGGAAAUCUUGCUGGGGAAUUUGAUGCAGCUCAGAACAUGAGGUACACAAGUGAAGUGGACAUCCAGUCUGGGAAGGUGUCAAGAGUGAAAGAAAUUUAUCAGAGCACUUCACUCAGUGAAAUAGGCGACACAGAAGAGAAGAGAAAUAGCUUCACAUCCUCAGAAGAGGAUGGCACACAGCCGGGAUCGGGCUGUGUACACAAGUUCACUUGGCUCUUUGAAAAUUGCCCAAUUAGCUCCAUUAAAGAAACGCCUGAAGAGGCAAUACCCAAGAGCACAAUCACUGACGUAAAGGGGGGCGAUGUUGGUGGCAAAAGGUUUGUUUUUGAGACCUAUUCACUGGACCAAAUAAAAGAGGACACUGAUAUGAAGGAAUUGCAUUCAACAAGGGAAGAAACUAAUGCCAAGGGUGAUGUGAAGUCAUGCACCAUGCUGUUCGAAACACAACCCCUCUAUGCACUUCGGGAUAAGGAAGGCCAGUAUCAUGAAGUUACUACAGCAAAGAAAGAGGAAAUCAUGAAGGGUGAUGUAAGAGGAACCAGGUGGCUCUUUGAAACAAAACCAUUGGACACAAUCAGGCCAAUGGAUGAGGUAUUUGUGAUCAGAGCUGUCACACAGGAAGAUGUGCACAAAGGAGAUGUGACAGCAGCUCGAUGGAAAUUUGAGACCCAGCCUUUGGAUUCAAUCAGAGAUGAAGCACAGCCAAGAAUAAAGGUAGUGGAUGAGGUUCAGGGAGGAGAUGUUCAAUCAAACAAGCAACGCUUUGAAGGGCAACAAGCAAGCCAGAGAUAUGUGAGGAUGGUUAGUGUCAGUGAUGUUCAGAGUGGAGAUGUCAGGACAUCAACUUGGCUGUUUGAAAACAUGCCCAUUGACUGUUUGAAGGGAGAAACUGAAGAAACCACGGGUACGACGACAGUCCAACGAGAAGAUAUACAGAAAGGGGAUGUGAAGAGAUGUACUUGGCUGUUUGAGUCCCAACCACUGGAUAGCCUAAAAGAUUCAGACUUUUCAAUUGACAAAGAAACCAAGGAGGAAGUGACUUGUGCAGAUGUAAAGACUACAACAUGGUUGUUUGAAACAACACCUUUAGACACAUUCAUUCUUUCACAAUGUAGCACAGAAAGCACCAAGAUGACAGAACAAAAUAUCCGUACAAGCUUGGAAACCCUCAUCAACUCUGGAGCCAUCAAGUCAAAGGGACUUAUUAUUGAAUCAAGUGAGACAGGCAUUCUAAAAAUGGCCAAAUAUCAACUGAUGAGUCAGAAUGAUCCACAUAUUCUCAAAGAAGAAGUUAUAGGUGGAAACAUGCAGAGAAUUCUGAUGCAGUUACUUCAAAGGAAGGAAUCCCUUUAUUCUGAAGGUAUCAUGCUGAAGGAAGAUGAAAACGGAAGGAUUUCUCAAAGUAAGAUUCAGCUUUUUGGCCAGUCAGGAGUUAACAUUAAUGAAAAGAUUGUUAAAGAAGAAAGCACUCAUACAAUUUCUAGCUUUUUAAUGGAAGACAGUAAAAUGAAACAAGGGAUUUUGAUUCAAGAAACCGACAAAGGAAUUGCUCAGAUUACCAUCUAUUCUCUUGUUAACCGGCCUCAAUUUGAGGAGGUUGAAAAUGGGACAAUCAAAGGAGAUGUAAAGUCUACAAUUAAUAGUCUUCUUGCUUCAACUCAGCAGCAGACUGCAUCAACAGUAAAACGUGAGAAAAAUGAAAGAGGAAAUGUACAACUUUACACAACGUGCAUUGAAUCUGGGACACUGGACUAUCUCAAAGGCCAUCAGGAGGAUUCUGAUGAUCCUGAUGUUUCCUCUCAGGAAAAGGAGAUUGUACGUGGUGAUGUUGAAGGUGCCAUAAGAAACCUAACAGAGAGCAGAGGCCAAAUUGAAAAGUCAGUUGCUGAUAUUAUACCAGGAGAUGUCCAAGGAACCAAAAAAUACUUUUUAACAGAAGCACAGCGAGGCCAAUGUGUUACUCAGAGAGAUGGUGCAUUUGAUGCUGAUGUCAGUUUUGCUCAUCAGACCUUUGGGCAGGCUGCGAAUGCAGGAUUAAAAGACGAAAUUGCACCUGGUGAUGUUAAAACCAAGAUGCAGUCACUGGACAAUGUAAAAUACCAAACAAAAAUCCUGGAUAUGGAACAUAUUCCUCGCGGUAAUGUGAAGGACCCGCUGCAGGAGUCAAUAUGUGAUAAGAAAGAAGCAAGAGUAAAAGAGUGUACAGAAUCCAGCUUUUGCUCACGAAGUGAAGGCUCCAUCAGAGUUUCUAAGAUGGGUGCAGAAAAUGCCACAGGUCAGGACCUUCAGACAGCAAUGGAGAACCUCAGAGAAGUUACUGCCAAAGCACAUAGCAUACAGCAGAAAUCUAGGGUGCAAGAACAUUUCCAGAGGAAAUCACAAAGUACAGCAGAAGCUCCAGAACAUUGUCACCAAGGCAAUCAAUUCAGGAAUACGCUGGAGAAAGAGACAAAGAAGCACGCUCAGAUCUCCACACAACAGCAAAGCAGUGCAGCAUCAAGACAUCAAGCAAGUGCCCAUGUGACUGUCAAGCAGUACCAACAACUAAAGAGCCAACAGGAUAGUCAUCAGGUCAGUGCCUCUGUGGGAACGGAAGGACUUGUGGCGUUUGUGGCUUGCUCAAGUGAAAGUCAGAAAUGUGAACACUUAACUGACAUAGUUCAAAGCAGCAGAGGUGAGAUGAGAGCUGCCUCAGAACAGAUGCUGUCUCACGGUCAGCACUUGUUCAAUACCUUAGAGAAGGAAGAUCGGGCAGUAGCAGAUCAGGAAAUAAUUGUCAAGGGCGACAUAAAGUCAACUAUAGAAGCUUUAAAGGAUUCAGUGACAGAGCAAAGAUCCAUUGAGAAAGAUGAGGUGGUCCGAGGUAAUUUGCAGGCAGCUCUCCAAUCCCUGGGAAAAGCUAAUAUGAACGUAUCCAAAGGCGAUUUUAAAGCCGCCAUGAUAUAUAGAACAGCAGGCCAGUCACAUUCACGUGACCAAAAGAAGAGUGGUGUUAGAACUGUUUGUAAUCAGAUUUCACUACCACAGUCUGAUGUUGAGUUUCCUUCUGCAGUUCCAGUGACAAAGUCCACUGUACCGUCGAACAAAGCUUGUGGCCAUCUUCCAGUGGAAGGCACCCCUCUUCCUUUAAACCAGACAAGUCCACCUGCAGUGAAAAAUCCAGCUUCGUCGCAAUUUCCUCCACUACUUCCACUCAAGACGAAGGAACAAAACAUCGCAAAUAAACCAUCUAUUGCACCAAAGCCACCUUCAAUCCCUCCAAGACACAUGCCAGUGCAGGGUGGGAAACCUACUCUGCCUCCUAAACCAGAAUAUUUGCAAGUAAUCCAUGCUGUUCCAAGUCCACCCCCUCCACCAAGAAACUAUGCAUCAGUCAUGCCUAAAUCAAACCCAUUACCUCCAGUUGUGUGCAAAUCACCUCCAGUAAAACCUACAAGAGCAUCACUUCCUACAGUAACUACCACUCCAUCAAAGUGUCAGGAAAUGGAGCCAGAGAGGCAACAAGAACAGCUUCAUUUGGAAGAAAAAUCCACCACAAUGCCUUCUUACACCACGGUAAAGAAAACUCCUUUGCAGUUGGCAGAGGAGAAAUACAGGAAAGAAAAGGAAGGGCAGAGCAAGUUAAAUGCGAUGGUAACUCACCCAUUAUCAAAUAUACCACUGCAAGAGAUGCAGCAGAGAGGAAGAAACUCCACUGGAUGUCUUGAUUACACCAACGUCUCCAUGACAAGAGAACCAGAAGUGAUACCUAACCAACAGAAUGCUGCAGCGGAAGUCCAGCGGUUCGCACAGUCCUGUUCAAAAGAAAGCACAGCAAGCACUGAAAUGUUUCAGGGAAUGGUAUCUGCUCCUCAAACCUUUGGUACCCAAAACAAACCAAAUUCUACUCAAAUGGGCCUGCCGAACAACCCAGAAAAGAAUCGGACAAUGACCGAGGAUAGAUCUAAUUUAUCAAAGCAAGUUAAAACUGUGUCACCGACAACCUCUGCCAGGAUCAUUGCCCCACAGAGCUACCAACAAGCACAACUGAGUGCCGAGUCACAUCACCGACAGCCAGUCAAAGCUUCGUUUGAACAAUCAGAGUGUCAGACUGCCCAACGUCAUGGGUGCUCCAACCAGCACCGGUUUAGUAACCAAGCACUAGCUGCAAAUGACCAACAAGUGUUGUUGGACCAACAGCUGCAGCACAGCCCACGACCAGAUGCAGUUGUCAUGCGAGAGGGCCGACAACAAUGUAAAGAGACAGAGGAUGACCGCAGAAAAAGGUUAUCUGUUCACAAGGAGGAGAUAAUGAGAGGAAACGUGAAAGCAGCAAUGGAGAUCUUUGAAAACCUAAAGAAAAGAGAAGAAUUGCAGAAGAUAUUGACCAGAGUUAAAGAAUUUGAAGAGGAGACUUUUAAAGUUGAUGUGAAAGGUCUGAAGAGUUUAUUUGAGAAUGUGCCUGAGUGGGUGGUGCCUAAGAAUAAUGGGGUAAAGCAACUUAAAGCAGUUGACAGCCGGAAGGAUGAGAUGCAGAAUCAGCCCAGGAUGGUCAAAGAUGAAGCAGAAAGUUUGUCUUCAGUGGAACUUGUGUUUGAAGAUCUUGAAAGGGCAAGUGCAGAGAUAACGUAUCUGAAGGAGCAGACAUUGGCAAAGUUAUUACAUAUUGAGGAGUCCAUUAAGAAAGCCCUGUAUUCAGUCUCCAACCUGAAAUCAGAGUCUGACAUUGCAGGUCUCUCUGGUUUAUUCGGAGAGUCACUGGGAGCUGCCACAAACUCCGCUACUCCUGGCAAUAUCAAGAAAAUCAGUUUGGCCUCCAGCAAAUCAAGCUCAGAGAACACCAUGCAAUUGAAAGAAUAUCAUUCUCACAAAGAACAGUUAGAAAAGUCACUGGAUCAAGCCAGGCCAUCAUUGGAUAUUCCACCUGUUUCCGCUCGUGUGGGCUCUCCAUCAUCUCCUUCCUACAUUUCCAUUGAAUCAGCAGUUAGAAAACCUGCAGGUCCUUUGAAAACAAAAUCAUCUGCCUCACAUCUUGACAUUGAGUCCUUUUCACCCUCUCCUCAAAAUCAAGCUGUCCCAUCCUGUUCUGCAAAAGUGACAACCAUUGAUGAUUGCAAUGGUUUUUUUCUUUGCAAUGGAUACAAAAGUGCCAGCAAACAAACAGAGUUACCAAAACAACAUUCGGUGCCAAGAAAGGAAUUUGUGCAAAAAGAUACCAACAAUGAGUUCAUUCAAACAGGCCUAAAGGAAAGCAACAUUGUUAAAGGGAGUGACAAUGUGGCCAACUCACCUACAGGUUGCAUCUCUCUGAGUGGAUUUAAAACCAACGUUGUCGAUAGAACUCAGAGCCCAGUGCCCCAGAGAAGCAAAAGUGUUGUGGAGUUCAAGACAGGCCCUGAUGGAGGUGAAAUAGUUGGUACAAAGACCAUCAUGGAAAAAUAUGAAGAAAUUGAUCGUUUUGGGAACAAAAUUAUCACGUCAAAAACCUCAACCACUGUCACAAAGCAGUCUGAGUCAACAACGUCAUCCACAUAUGAAGUAGUUCAAGCACUACCUAGGUAUGAUGUUGUUGCUUCGCCCCUUCUUAAUAGACAUCUGCAGAGUUAGACAAGGGCUGAUGAAGAUUCACGAUCUAACAUCGAGGAAGAUGGAGGCUUGUUUCUUUCUAUUGAGAAUCCCAGUUCAGCGAAGAGAUUAAAGUGAUGCUGCAAUCCUUUAACAUACAACUACCACCGAUCUAAGAAACACAGAUGGGGAGAAUAAAACGCAUAUUGAAACUGAUAAAUGAACAAAGUAUGCAUAUAGUAUGCAGGGUCAGCUUCUAUGGAGAUAGGUUAACGUGCUCAUCCUUGGGCUGCCAAAGCAGAAUCAUUGCUAACAAAGGAUCUAUACUGAAUGUCAACUUUUUGCAAUUGUCAAAUUGAAACAAAAACAGUAUCAACGUUCUAGAAAGGUAUAGAAAAAUACAUCAUCUGACUGAUUAAUGUUUGAGAGCCAGAGAACUGAGAUUUAUUGAAAAAUUUCCUUGUCCUCAGAGACUAGAUUUGAUACUGUGCUGAAGUUAAAAUCUGUGGCAUGUACUUUUAACUUUAAUAAAUGGAGUAAAACUGAUUAUUUUGAAUUAGCCACACAUUAUAUACAUCAUCACCAAUUUUUCUUUCCUCUCCAUGAGAAAAUUGAAUUUGGUGGAGCUCUGGUGGCCAAUUCAAUAUCAUCCAUUUUAUAGCAUUUGAAAAAGGUGGAAUUACCACAUAUAUGUGACAUAACUAAUAUUUCCUGUUUUUAUGAAGACAUAAUGUUGUGCUCUGAAUUAGAUUACAAUUAUCCAUUACUGUUCAAUUUUUCUACUUACUUUUUCUCUAGUUUCUUUUGUACUUUAGUUGUACAUUCAAUGUAUCAGCUCCACCAGGAAUCCCAAAGUCUUUUUGCUUUCAAACUGUUCUUCUUCUUUCCUGUUCUAUUUUUAUUCCCAUAAUUUGCUUUAAUAAACUUUUUAAUAUUUCUUCAGCUCUAUCUUGUUUUG